CUGUUUGUUCCUUCUCGCUCGCCGUACGUCAUUGUUGACAACAAACAUGGCGUCCUCAAUGUCACUUCUGGGCUUGGGACGUUUAUCUGUGAUCAAUGCUGCUUCUAAAAUGUUCCUCAGACCUAUCAGGUCUACAAGCACAUCCACUGCGAGGCUGGCAGAGAAAUCAGGACAAGACACGCAACUUAUUACAGUUGAUGAGAAAUUGGACAUCACCACUCUGACAGGGGUGCCAGAGGAGCACAUCAAAACACGCAAGGUUCACAUCUUUGUUCCCGCCAAAACGGCCAUGCAGUCUGGAGUCAACAGCACCAAGAAGUGGAAGAUGGACUUUGACACCAGAGAACGCUGGGAGAACCCACUGAUGGGCUGGGCCUCCACUGCAGACCCCUUAUCCAACAUGGUGCUCACUUUCUCCUCCAAAGAAGAUGCUGUUGCUUUUGCUGAGAAAAAUGGUUGGAGCUAUGAAAUAACAGAGAAGAGGACCUCAAAGCCUCGAGUCAAGUCCUAUGGCGCUAACUUCUCCUGGGACAAGAGGACCAGGAGGUCCGCUAAGUAAACUGAAGACACCCAUCUGUUGGCUGGAUCAGCCUCUGUUUGUCCCGCCGUGGGCCUGUACAAUUCACUGUCAAUAAAUGCAUAAUUCUGUGUAUGUAAAC